AUGCCUGUAUAUCUCGCGCAUGGCUUUCGCUGGCAACGCGAGGGCUUCACAGGUAUACGUGUUCACGCCAUUGUCCAGAACCUGGAAGACAUGUCUGUCGAAUACAUUCAGAAUGAAUUCAGUAGAGAAACUCUGCUCCAGAAUUUUCGAAAGAUAUUCCCCAAGCUCAUGCAGCAGCUAGAAGACACACGGACAGGACGAACAAUACAUUUCCUCGAACAAUACGACCCUGACGACGAGCUUAGUGAGAACGCAGUCAGCCAGAAGUUCGCGUUUGUAGCUGACAGGGUAAUUACUAUGGCUGUGGGCGCAAGUCGUGGCGCCUCCGAGUUGGUUUCUGCAGCGCGACCAGAGUCAUCGAUUGUCCCAGCGACUACCCACUCCAGAACAACCUCGCAGCCUCUAUCGACUGUUUCGAAGACGUCUACUUCCGCCUCUUCGCAGACCUCUUCCCCACCUACACCUCGCAAUAGCCCUACGGCCCUCUCCCUGAGCAUUGAAGAUGCUAUGUCUAGUGGACCAGCUGUGACCCCACAGCAAUGGGAAGCACUAGCUCAGUUAAGAGACAAACUCGCAGAAGGAGAAAAGAUUGGUUGGUGGGUCGUCUACAAUGGCGACCCGGAUCGUGCCUUCUCUGACGAAGAUGACGACGAACUCGAUGACGAGGAUUCAGAACAGGCUGAAGAAGAAGGCGCACGGACACCAACUCAAACAGAACCUCAUGUAAAUGGUGUUCUUGGCCAGCCUUUACCCUCUUUACUUCCUACAGACAUGAAAGCGCUACCUCAACCAGCCGAAGAAAAAGUGCCGAUCGGAACAGCGAUACCACAUCCGCCUCCUCCACCUCUCGAGAAACCUACCCCACGCGAAGAUCAAACUAACGUGCGGCCAAAGAGUAAUGGCAGGUCGUUCGUGAAUCCACUAAGCUUAAGAAAGAAGUCCUCAAGAGCGAAUUUGCAGCCUCCAAAGAACCAGGACAUACCAGAGCCACCUAAGCUGAAAGAGAUUAACAAGAAAGAUGGCUUCCGAUACAAAUUCUUCGGAAGAGGUGACAAAAAAGUGAAUUAG